AUGGGCGCCCUGAAAGACGAACCCCCGGCUCUCAUCUACCAAGGAAAAUUUGUAGAUCGCUCCUCUCAUGUCCGUUCUGCUGGAAAGCUAUUUCCUAUUGGAGAAAGAGCAGCAGGCUGUCUGACUGAGAUCUACCCAAGGCCUUCAACCCCCCCUGUCGUCCAGAAGUUUCUUAACACCAGACGCUCCAAUCCUGGCGCUCGGACUGUAUUCUAUGGCAAAGCAAAUGAUCCUAAUGUGGAGAAUGACAUAGUGCAUGGUGUUAGUACCCAUCAAUCUCUUAAUGCUGGUUCAUUAAUAAAUAGACAAUCAAAAACAUUGUUCCAGCAAAAAUUAAUGGAGAAGAGAGAGUCAAUAUAUUCUAGUCAUAAGCGAACACCACUUGGAAGAUCACAUGACCAAACCAUCAUGUUUCCUCCCACCAUGAAUGUUAAUGAAAUGAUAUUUGGGAAGAAGAAUAAAAGAGGUUUUUCGGCAGGGGUACUAAUUUAUCCUUCUAAGGACAAGCAAGAACUAGAGGAAGAAGCACGCAGAGGACAUGAUAUUUAUGUGGUCACACAUAAUGAUUAUGAUGUAGGUGAAAAAAAGGACCGAAAAUAUGACUGGACAAAAUUCAGAAAGGACAGAACAUUUGGCAUUGAAACACCUCAUUUUAAUGAUGGCAGGAAUGUUGCAAAAUCUGUAAGAUGGCUUCAAGAAAUCAAAACGAAUGAAGCUGCUAACAUAGUUUCUAAAAGGGUGGAUGAUUUUCGUGAGCGUACUCAACAUCAACUUGGGAAAGUUCUUGAUCCCAUUGCAGAUACUUUGAAUGUUCCUGCUGAUCAUACUUUUGGUAUUCUUCUUCGCCCUGAAAAAUAUGGAGUGGGGGAUAUUAUUCACAAUAGAGAACCUAAAGACUUCUUGCGUAGUAAGGACAAGCACAGAGCCAUCCUGGCAGCUGUUCAGCAACACUUGAAGAAAGCAAACUAUCAUCACUUUGGCUCAUUGCUGGAAGCUUUUAGGCAUUAUGACAAGAAUGGUGAUGGAAAAAUUGAUAAGGAAGAGUUAAAAGAUGCAUGUGUGACGUUUGGUCUACAUCUGGACCCUAAUGUCCUGGACUACCUUGUUGAAUAUUGUGAUGAAGACAAGGAUGGUUUGAUUAACUUUGUAGAGUUUGCUAAUUUUUUAACCUGGAAAGAUAAAAUGUCAAUCGGAAAACUGGAAGAAAAAAUACUAACACAAGAAUGCCUGUUAAAACCUGAAGAAAUUGUUUUGAAAGAAGAAGGGGGAUCUGAAAAGACAACAAAAACUUUGUUGAAGGGUCAACGGACGCCAGACGUUUAUGAAACAUCCUCUUCUAGGAUUGGUGCUGCAACAACUGCUCCAAGUUCUAUUUAUUCUAGGACCUAUGGUGUUCCUACUGUUCGAACAGAUAUUGCCGCUCCUCGGUUUCGUAGGAUUAGUGACAGGAGCAACUAUGGAGAUGUAUCUAAUGCCUUUGGACUCCUUUGUCCAUCCAUCUUUACACAGAAAAUGGUCUACGAUCGUGAUAUUUUUAAAUCCCGUCCAAAGGAAGAGAUUGCACAGAUACUACGGAACAUAGGUGUACAUAUUCCAGAUGAUCACUUUGAAACACUAUGGGAUAUGGCUACAAAGAGACACCCGAAAGGAGAAGUGUCUGUUGAGACAAUAAGGGGUGUUCUAGAUGACAUGCAUACAAACCCUAUUUUACUUUCUUGA